CAACACGCGACAGCACACGCACCCACAUUUCCCCAACCAAACACACACCCAUAAAAAGCAUCCUUUCCCGCAUCUGUUACCAUCUUAGUUAGCCCCUCCAGCACACACCUUCUGCAACGCUUUCACACAUGGAAAUGGCCAAUGCCAGCAAUGCUGUAAUCCUGCUCUCCAUCUCCCUUCUCCUGCUGGGCCUCAGUGCGAGUGCCGCCGAUGCACAGAAGCACUUGGAGCGGCAGCCGGAUCAGAGGGGCGUGCGACUGCUGGAUCGGUUCGAUAAUCGCUAUCCGGACGGCAGCUACGAGUAUCGCUUCGAGCUGGAUGAUGGCACGGCGCGCUACGAGCGGGGAUACUUUGCGAUGGUGGACAAGGUCAAGACCUUGAUGGUGGUCGGCUACUACUCCUAUCGCAUGACAGAUGGCCGAUACAUCACCGUCUUCUACAAUGCCGAUCAGUUUGGAUACCGCCAGAAUCAAUCGAUCACACCUCAGGUGUAUCCCAAUCUGCCGCGCUCCAUUGAGGUGCCAAUGGCCAGCAGCGGGACGUCCAACCUACGCUCCCAGUCCCAGUCCCAGACCCAGUCCCGGCCAGAGUCCGCCUACAGCUCCAGCUCCAGCUCGUCCCCAUAUCCCGCUCCCACCACCCGUUCGCCGUCUGAGAGUGCCACCACGCCCAGGGGGGCUACAACGACGAGUCGCAGGGGCGGACGCUUCUGAGACCGGGUCCAAGUAAUUACAGGCUCCCCUCAUUAUUAUUAUUAUUCCCU